AUGAAUCAUUUUAAUGAAGAUUUACCUUUUAUGGAUAAAAAAGAAAAAUCUAAAAAAAAAAAAAAAAAAAAUUAUUCAAGUCAUUUUGACGAAUAUGACAGAAAAAGCAAAAUUUUUAAGAACAUAAAUGAAGAAGAAUACUUAAAACCAGUAAAAUUUGUAAGUGGAGGUUUUUUGAAUGAUAAAAAAAAAAAAUUAAUAGAAGGAACUGAUUUAUAUAAUUACUCUAGUGAUAAUGAAUCAGAUGAUUAUGAAGAAUAUAAUGUUUUUAAAAAUUUUACUUUUAACUUUAACUUUGAAGUAAAAAAUGGAGAAAAUGAUUAUGUAAAAGAUAACUUGAAAAAAUAUAAUUUAACUGAAUUAAGAGAAAACGACAAAAUUUUUGAAAAAUAUGGAUUAGGCUUUAAAAUUUUAAAGAAGAUGGGUUAUGAAGAUGGAAUUGGAAAUAAAAUUAAAACUAAUAUUGUUCCUAUAGAAAUUAAAAAAAAAGAUAUAAAAGUUCUAGAAGAAAAAUCAAAUGAAAGUGAAAAUUAUAAUAACUAUUAUAACGCAGAUAAUUAUUUAAAUGAAAGUUACGAUUUUAUUUUUGAUGAAAAUAUUGAUAUAAAUAAUUUAUGGAAAAAAAAAUUUAGCGGAAAGAAUCAUUGGAACUUCAAUAAAAGAAAAAACGAGCUUAAUAUAGAUUUAAAAUAUAAUUAUUCAUAUAUUUCAAAUGAAUUUAUGAAUCAUAAUAAUUAUGAAUCCAAUGACAAUGAUAUAAAUAAUUUACAAAAAGCAAAAGAAAGUCUAAAUGAGCAUAUUGAAAAGAUAAGAUCUGAUUAUUUUAGUGUUAUGAAGAAAAGAAAAGAAACAGAUAACAAAUUAAAAAAUUAUAAAAAUUAUGUUAAUAAAAAUGAUAUUUAUAAAAUACAAGAAUUAAUUUUAAAAAAUAUAUUGACAUACAAAUAUUUAUUAAAUUUGCAUACCUUGUUAUCAUAUCCAUUUCUUUUUAAUAGUUUAACCUAUAAUCAAUAUCUUUUUGACAUUAAAAAUUAUAAAGUAAAAAUUAAAGGAAGUGAUUCCGAAAAUACAAAUAUAUGUGAUCAAGAAAUCUCUCACGAAUGUAAUAUGUUUAGACACAAAAAUAAGCAGAAGUUAAUAAACGUUCAAGGCAGUAUUUCACUUGAUCAAAAUAAUAUAGAGAAUAUAGAUGAAUGUGAAAAUCAAUUAAAUGAUAAUUUUGAUAAUUUUGAAGAAAAAUUAAAUAAUUUAUUAAUAAGCAAAUAUAAAUUACUGUGUAAAAGUGGGUAUUUUAAAAAGACAUGUGAAGAAUCCAAUAAUCUUUCUGAUUGUAAUGUUACAUAUAAUGUAAUAAGUAACUUAAGAGAAGUUUAUAAUUUAAUUAAUAUUGAAAAAAUUGAAAUUAAAAAAAAAAAUGUUGAAUUAUUGUUUAGGGAUUUAUAUACUUUUUUAUUUUUUAUUUAUGAGAAUUCAGAAUUUUUAUGCUUAAAUGGUUAUGUGUCUAACUUUUUCUUGGAAUUUUUGCGAGUUUAUUUUUAUAAUAACCAAGGAAAAAUAAACCUUAAAGAAAAAAGUGAUCAUAAUUUAUAUUCUGUGAAAUAUCGUGAAGAAAUAAAAAUAAAGAACCAUCAAAAUUCAUUGAAUAAAGAACCAAAAAAGAAUGUUGUAUAUGAAAAUAUAGAAAAUCAAAAGAAUUAUGAAAAUUUUUUGUAUUGUAGUAAUAAUAAUGAAGGUAAAUACAACGAAGAAGACAUAAAGUAUUUAAUUCAUUUUAAAAAAAUUAUUUUAAUGGGAAUUGAUGAAAAUAAUAAAACGGAAUAUAAUAGAAUUGAGAAUGAAUUCGAUAAUAUAAUUUAUUACAACUUAAUUUAUAUUUCAUUUUAUAAAGAAAGUUUUAAUGAAUUUUUUAAUUAUAUAAAGCAUUUUAAGGAUGCUUUGAAUAAAAAUUAUUACAAAAAAAUAUUAAUUCAUUUUAUCAAAAAAAGAAUUAUGAAAGAUAUUAUAAACAAAGAAAGCGAUGAACUUAACGAAGAUAUGCUAAAAUAUAUAGAAAAUAAAUUAUAUAUAUUAUUUGAAAUUAAUAAGCAAUUUGAUAUUGAUUCAUAUAUUAAUGAUUAUUAUACAAAUUUCAUAUUUAUAUAUUUGCAAAGGUAUGAUAUAUCAGAAAACUAUAUAAAAUUGAUUAAAUGCUCAAUUCAAAACAAUAUGUAUAAGAAAGAAAUUUAUGAAAGUAUUAUCAAAAAGAUAAUUUAUCACAUAAAAGAUAUAAAAUUCACAGGCGAUGAAUUUUUGAAAGAUCUUAAUAAAAUUUUAAUAUUAUAUGAUUGUAUAGAUAUUAAUAUUAUUUCUUUUAUUUUUAAAGUAUAUUUUUUUUUUAAUUUUUCAAAAUAUGUAUGUAAUUACCUAAGAGAUAUUAAUUUUAUAUAUGGAAAAAAAGAUGAAACAAAAGAAAAUAUAAAUGAAAUAAAAUCAUUUACUGAACAAAACAUUACCAAAGAACAAGAAAAGGAAAUUUUAACAAUUAAAAAAAAAGAAAUAUACGAAACAUUUAAAAAAGUAAAACAUGUUUUUGAAAAUAAUUUAAUAAAAGAUGAUGCCAUAAAAAAUAUUAUGUUUUAUAUAUUGAAUGUUAUAAAAACUUACAUAGUACAAGAUAAAAUUAUCACAUUUCCUGUUGAAAAAGUCUUAAAUUUUGACAAAAAUAAAAUUUUUUCAGAUGAUAAUUUAAAUUAUUAUUUUUUAUAUAAAGACUUAAAAAUCCCAAUUCCUUUAUAUGCUGUACCACAAAAAAAUCACAUAUAUGAAGUAAAUCAUAAAAAUAAUAAAAAAAAUAUAAAUUUUAAAGAAGAAUCAAGUACAGACUACAAAUUCUCCAAAAAAAAAUAUAUUAAUUUAAUGAACAAGCUAGAAAAUAAUAUAAAGGAAUUUAAAAAUGUGCAGCAAAAUUAUGAAAAUAUGAACGUAAAGAAUUAUUUAGAAAAAUACUGUUUAGAAAAUAACAUUUUAUUUUUACAAAAGAAUGAUCGUAAAAUCAAUGGUAAUAUCGUUUAUUCUAUUAAUAAUUUUUCUAUAUAUAUUAAUAAUAAUAUUAUAUAUAUUUACCAAGAUUAUGAAUGGAAGCCAACUUUAUUAAGUGAUUUAUUAAAAAAAAUUUCUAAGACAAGUUUAUAG